UUUUGAGAUCACAAUUUUAAGCUUUGAAUACCGAAGAAUCCUUAGUAAAAAUAGAUUCGCCUUAUCACAAAUAUAAAUUAGCGGACUCUAAUACCUGGCAGAAAAAGAGGGAAAGAUGGUGGGUUAUAUAUUUAAAUUGGCAUGCUUUGUUUGUCCCCCUCUCUUUGCUCAUCCUGCUGCUUCAAUCAUUCCAAUUCCAACUCACACACACACAGCUCUUUUUCUUCUUCCAGCUAAUAGUAACAAACUGCUACGACUUCAUCUCUACUAGUCAACAAUUCACUUCCUCCAACAUUCGCCGCCGGAAUCUGACGUAAUGUCUCCGCGUGGCUGACUCAUUCUAACAAAGCCGCCUUUCUUUCUUUUUUUUUUUUCUUUUACUUUUGACGUUUGCUUUCUAUUUCAUUUUUAUUGACCUUUUCCUUUGUUCAAGUUGUACUACUAAAUAUUGUCUUUCAUUUACUUUAUUCUAAUUGAUUGAAAGUGAAGAAAAGGAUACAAAAAAAUAAUAAUAAUUAAAAAAAAGAAAAGAAAUGUAUGGGGUGGCUCCGCCCAAAAGUUCUGAUUCCGGCGGUGGUGCUGCCAAUCAGGCCGCCUUUCUCCGGACUUAUCAGGCAUGGAAAGGCAGCAAUAAAUUUAUUCUUCAAGGAAGGUUCAUCUUUGGACCUGAUGUCAGGUCGCUCUUUAUGACUAUCUUCCUUAUCGUUGCCCCAGUUGCUGUUUUUUGUGUCUUUGUUGCAAGGAAAAUGGUGGAUGACUUUGCUGGUGACUGGGGUUGGUCAAUCAUAGUUGUACCUGUUGUUUUCUCAGUAUAUGUCUUAGUGCUUCUUCUACUGACAUCUGGAAGAGAUCCUGGUAUAAUUCCUCGCAACCUUCAUCCUCCAGAACCAGAGAACUUUGAAGGGAGUGCUCUAGCUGGACCUGGUCAAACUCCGCAAUUACGUUUACCCCGCAUUAAGGAUGUGAAUGUCAAUGGAAUAACUGUGAAGACCAAAUAUUGUGAUACCUGCAUGUUGUACAGGCCUCCACGUUGUUCACACUGUUCAAUUUGUAACAACUGCGUGGAACGUUUCGACCAUCACUGCCCCUGGGUCGGACAAUGUAUUGGAUUGAGGAAUUACCGUUUCUUCUUCAUGUUCGUCUUUUCAACAACCCUUCUUUGCAUAUACGUGCAUGGCUUUUGCUGGGUCUAUAUUAAAAGGAUCAUGGAUGGUGAACAGACGUCAAUCUUGAAAGCAAUGUCCAAGACUCCUGCUUCUAUUGUGCUAAUCAUUUAUACAUUUAUAUCAGUUUGGUUUGUUGGUGGCUUGACUGUCUUCCAUCUGUAUCUUAUUGGCACAAAUCAGUCAACAUAUGAGAAUUUCAGAUAUCGAUAUGAUCAGAGGGUCAACCCUUUUAACAAAGGUGUACUACACAACUUCCUAGAGAUAUUCUGCACUAGUAUACCUCCUUCCAAGAACAACUUCAGGGCCAAAGUGGCAAGAGAACCUGGAAUACCACCUCGCGAAGUUGGAGGUGGUUUUGUUAGUCCAAACUUGGAGAAAACAAUGAGUGAUUUAGAACGGGGGAGGAAACCUUCUUGGCAUGAACAAGGGACAGGAGCAAAUGAAUUUGAAGGACAAACUAGACAUGAUAAUCAGUUAGAUAAGGACGAAGAGCUUAGUGGUGCCACAUUGCCAGAUGGGCGUAGUAUACUACAUCCGAGGCGCUCUAGUUGGGGAAGAAGAAGUGGAACCUUGGAAAUACCACCUGAUGUAGUUGCUAUGGCAUCUGAAAUUGGAGACUCAAAUAGGAUAACUGUCAGCAGUGGCGCUUUCUCAGCUGAAAAUCAGCAAUAGUGAGUGUUGUUUUAAGCUAUUGUAAAAGAACUGACAAUUGUAAAGAUCAUUAGCCAAUGGUGAUACAGUUUAUGGGUGGGAUCAGCUAUGAAGUUGACCUUCCACCAGGCUUCUUUGUUUGUAUAUUAUUUUUUCUCUUUUUUCUUUUUCUUUUUUUGGGGCUUUAAUUCUCUUAUCCUGUGUGAAGGCGAUCGAAAUUCUUUGCAAUGUGUUUAUUUUGCCAAGGAUGCUAAGGAAUCAUUCUUGCUGUUCAAGGUGUCCCUGUAUGCCAAUUUCUCAUAUCAUCAAGUUCCUCUUAUGUUUCCCAUCUA